UACUAUGCCGGUUGGCUUUGUUGUUGCAUUUAAUAAUAACAAAUAUGUUAAGCUUGCGAAGUGUAAUAAAAAAAGGGCUUUCGGCCAAGAAAACAUGCAGUAGAAAUAUCUCAGCUCUCUACAUAACCGGCGAUAAAGCCAACGAGAACUAUGUGACGCUGCAGCCCUAUCUGGAUUUCAAGGGAACUUUCAGUGACAGCCAAUCUUUGGAGCAAAGCAUAGCAAGCAGGGGAUCGGACAUCCGAUUAGAAAGUGUUCUAAGCAAGUACGAAAAGUAUGAGAUGCAUCACGCCCAACUUGCCAAGGUAGCAGAGGAACGUGAGGCGGUGACCAAGCGACUGAAGGAGAUCACCAAAUCUGGAGGCAGUGCUGACCAACUCGAAGAGCUGAAAGAGCGUGGAAAAUCGUUGCGCAACGACUUAAAGACUCUAAAGCAGACACUUUAUCCUAUCGAGGACGACUUUAUACAUGACUUCCUGAAUUUGCCUAACCAUCUGCACGUGCAGUGUCCCACUGGGGUUGAGGAAAAGCUCAUGUACCGGCAUGGCUUACCCAAGUCAGAAAAAGUCCCGUCUCAUUUGGUCUGUGAAGACCUUAUACACUUUGUAGACAACAACAGGUAUUACAUGUUGGAUCAGGCUGCUCACUUUGAUAUCAAUGCCGUGCAAUCUCUGGCUCGAUAUUUCGUCAACCAUGGAAACUUUAUACAAACUGCCAAUCCGGACUUUGUGCGUUGCGUUCUCUUAGAGGCAAAUGCAACGCCAUUGGAUGAUUAUCACCUGGUACAGGAAGAACAUCUGCAAAACAAGAUAAAUACAGCCUAUUUAACUGGUGGAGCUGCCUUCGAGAGUUACUUGGGCGCCAUGACAAAGUUGUGCCUAUAUCCCUCUGUGCUGCCCCUGCGAUAUGUGUGCUGCGGUCGGAGUUACAAUAAAGCGGAAACGAAGCUGUAUGGGCCCACUCCCAGUCUUUAUACAGUGACUCAGACGAAUGCGGUUCAAAGCUUUGUGGCAACUCAAACGGCUCAGGAAGCGGACUCCCAGUUGGAGCACAUACUGAAUCUGUCAAUAGACUUUUACAAAGCUUUGGACAUACCCUUUCGGGUUGUAUAUGCACCAGCAAAUAAUCUGACCCCGGCGGAGAGCCUCCGGGCAGUUAUAGAGGUAUAUGCCCCUUCACUCCAGCGUUACGUGUGUGUGGGACGAAUUAGCAACUAUGGAGACUUUGUCUCCAAGCGAAUCCUCUUUAGCACGCGGCGAGACAAGCACUACGACUUCCUCCAGUUAGUAGGCGGACCAGUGCUCUACACCUCACGACUUAUAGGAGCUCUUCUGGAGCACGGCGUUCGACUGGAAGACUGCAAGCUAUUGGGAACUACUACCCAGAAACCCACCCAUCAGCAGGAUCUGCAGCAGUUCAAGGACCUUUUCACGUAG